CUCACUGUUCAAGAAGAUGACAGUGAAAUUCAACUCACAAUUUUUUAGCGAUGUCCUGGAAAAGUUAGUUGAUAAGCCGAAUGUGAAUGAGUUGACAGAAGAAGAUAUAAGUGAGAAGUUAUUGGAGUUGACAGACCUCGAAAUUAUUUUUAGGGAUGAUAACAUUGUAACUUCUUGCAAUGCAAUGUAA